AAUGUAACAGCGCGGUGUGCGUGAGGACUUAUACUGAAGCUGAAGAAUACAGUGAUUUGCAAUGAUUGAUCUUUCAUCUCUGUCUGUGACCUGGACCCUGGUGGUUCUGGUCAUAACCCUCCUGUUUAUCUAUGGAGUUUGGCCGCAUCGUUUUUUCAUCAAACUGGGAAUACCAGGACCAAGACCUUGGCCUUUUGUUGGCACACUUCUCUCAUAUGCUAAAGGUUUGUGCAAUUUUGAUAUGGAGUGUGCUAAGAAGUAUGGAAAAGUUUGGGGGAUCUAUGAUGGAAGGUUACCAAUACUAAUGGUCACUGACCUGGAAGUGAUCAAAGUGGUUUUGGUGAAAGAAUGUUACUCUAACUUCAUUAACAGAAGGAAGAGGACGACAGGACUGGCUGGCCCCUUUUCCGAUGGCAUAAUUAUGGUUAAAGAUGAAAGAUGGAAGCGAAUGCGCAGUACACUUUCUCCAUAUUUUACAAGUGGGCGGCUGAAGGAGAUAUUUCCCAUAGCUAUGACACAUGCCGAUCGUUUUAUUAAAAAUAUGCAAAAGAAAGACCCCGAGCAGCCAGUUAAAAUCAAAGAAGUUGUGGCUCCGUACAGUUUAGAUGUCAUCACCAGCUCAUCUUUUAGCGUUGACAUUGACUCCAUAAACAACCCUGAAGAUCCUUUCGUUAUCAACGUCAAGAAGUUCAUACAGUUCAAUAUGUUCAACCCUCUCCUAUUGCUAAUACUUUUGUUUCCUUCUCUUGCAAUCCCUUUGAAGAAAAUGGGGGUAACUCUUUUUUCAAAAUCAGCCAUGGAUUUCUUCUACAGUGUUCUGAAAAAGAUUAAGGAUGAUCACAACAAGGAAUCAGAAGGUCGGGUAGACUUUCUCAAACUCAUGCUGCAGAAUCAAAUACCUGAUGAUCAAAUUCAGGACAGUGACACAAGUGAACAACCAGCGAAAGGACUAACAGACCAUGAGAUUCUCUCCCAGUCGCUCGUGUUUAUCCUGGGUGGUUAUGAGACUACAAGCACAACUCUAACUUUCCUUCUCUAUAAUCUUGCUACUAAUCCAGACUGCCUGGAAAAGCUGGUGGAGGAGAUCGACAAAAACUUCCCUCUUGAUACUCCCAUUACAUACGAUGCAUUGAUGAGAAUGGAUUACUUGGAAAUGGCCAUCAAUGAAUCAAUGCGUCUCCUUCCUACGGCCCCACGUUUAGAAAGGUCCGCUAAGAAAACGGUGGUGAUCAAUGGCUUGACCAUACCAGAAGGGACUCUUGUUGGAAUUCCUACAUAUGUUUUAAGUCAUGACCCGGAUAUCUGGGAGUCUCCUGGAGAGUUCAGGCCGGAGAGGUUCAGCCCGGAGAAUAAGUCUGAGUUUCUCCAGUACGCUUUCAUACCUUUUGGACUCGGGCCUCGAAACUGCAUUGGAAUGAGAUAUGCUGUUAUGAUCAUGAAACUUUUUGUCGUGAAGCUGCUUCAGAACUUCAGUGUGGAAACAUGUAAAGAGACACAGAUCCCUUUAGAAAUUAAUGUUACAUUUCAACCGAAGGUUCCCAUCACACUCAAGUUAAUACCAAGAUCUUGCAAUAAAAAGCAAUAAUUCUGGUCAAAAACAGAUAUGUAUAAUAAUGUUGUCAUAACUGUGUUUGUCCACAAGAUGCCACUGUAGUUCGCCAGCAACCCCAGCGGACUACAGUGGCUUUAGAACUACAUUUCCAUACAUUCUUUCGCACACACACCUGGUCUCUCAUCUACACUGAUUUACAACCACAGCUGUCUCCGUUCUCUGUGAUUACCUGGACUAUAUAUUCAGUCAUUCAUCCUCUGUUUGUCAGUUGGUCGUUGUCAUUGUUGGUAUGUUGUUUCUGAUCUUGAUCUUGCUAUUGUAUCUUGUCUUAGUGUUAAAGUUUAGUCCAAGUUUAAUCUGUUUGAGUUGUUUGUUUGUUUGUUUAUUUUGUUAAUUUGUUACUUUGAUUUUUGGAUUUUGUCACUGUUGCUGCACUUUCACAUUAAAGAUCUGCACUUGGAUUCUACACCCGUUUUUGUUCCUGUUUCAAUCCUGAAACGUGACAAAUGUAUUAUGUGUUAUUUACAUGAUUAUAAUUGCAUUUUAACAUCUUUUAUGUUCUUUUACGCCACUCAUUUCACACACAAUAAUAUACUUUAUACUGUUUUAGAAUCAAAGAAAUCAGUUAUAGAUACAGACUACAUCAUGAAUGUUUAUAAUUGUAUCGUAUUAAAGAUGUUGAGUUUUUGUAAUGAAUCAAAAGACAUGUUAGCAUGCCAUCAGAUUAAUGCAAAUAAAAUAUUCCAAUGUGUGAAAUACA